AGCUCGGCUGUCCUCGCGGUGCGGCGCCCGACGCGCAUUCUUGGGACCGGGAUCCGCCGUCUGCGCCUGCGAACGGGUUUCUGCCUCGGCUACACGCGCAGCGCGCAGACCUGAGCCGGCCCCGCGGAACCCGGGGCUCCGGUCCCGGCCGGAGCGCGGCGUCGGGGGCCGCGGAGAGGGCGGCAGCCGCAGGGGACCCUCGGCGCCUCGGCCUCGCCGCGAUGAAGUCCCCGCCCUUCCUCAGCCCGUGCCUCUCCUGGAAGAGAGUGGUGGGCGUCUUUUUCCUGCCGUUUGUCUUAUCAGCCUUUGCUCCUCGGUUUAAGCAGGAGGAGAACCUCAUGCGUGGCAGAGCGCAUCCGCCCCAGCCCAGGUUUAACUGGUCUCAUCUGACCCCUCUGGAGCUGAAGAAUCGAUCUGUGGGACUGGGAACUGCAAGCACAGGUCGGGGUAAGCCCCACUUCACCCUGGAGGGCCACAAGUUCCUGAUCUUCGGGGGCUCCAUCCACUAUUUCCGGGUGCCCAGGGAGUACUGGAGGGACCGCCUGCUGAAGCUGAAGGCCUGUGGCUUCAAUACUGUCACCACCUAUGUUCCGUGGAACCUGCAUGAGCCAGAAAGAGGCAAAUUUGACUUCUCUGGGAACCUGGACCUGGAGGCCUUCGUCCUGAUGGCUGCGGAGAUCGGGCUGUGGGUGAUUCUGCGUCCAGGCCCCUACAUCUGCAGUGAGAUGGACCUCGGGGGCUUGCCCAGCUGGCUCCUGCGAGACCCCCGGUUACUGUUGAGGACAACCAACAAGGGCUUCACUGAAGCAGUUGAGAAGUAUUUUGACCACCUGAUUCCCAGAGUGAUUCCUCUCCAGUACCGCCAGGGAGGCCCUGUCAUCGCGGUGCAAGUGGAGAAUGAAUAUGGCUCAUUCAAUAAGGAUAAAACCUACAUGCCGUAUCUCCACAAGGCUCUGCUGGGAAGAGGGAUUGUGGAGCUUCUCUUGACCUCCGAUGGUGAGAAAAAUGUGCUGAGCGGCCACACCAAAGGAGUGUUGGCCGCCAUCAAUUUGCAGAAAGUUCACACGAAUACGUUCAGUCAGCUUCGUGAAGUCCAGAGAGAUAAGCCUCUUCUGGUUAUGGAAUACUGGGUUGGCUGGUUCGACAGAUGGGGAGAUAAGCACCAUGUUAAAGAUGCAAAGGAGGUUGAACGUGCUGUGUCUGAAUUCAUCAAAUACGAGAUCUCCUUCAAUGUGUAUAUGUUCCAUGGUGGAACCAACUUUGGUUUCAUGAAUGGGGCCACAUAUUUCGGGAAGCACACUGGCAUUGUCACCAGCUAUGACUAUGAUGCUGUGCUCACGGAGGCUGGAGAUUACACAGAAAAAUAUUUCAAGCUUCAAAAACUCUUUGAAUCUGUCUCAGCAACUCCCCUGCCCCAAGUACCCAAACUUACUCCCAAGGCUGUGUAUCCCCCCAUGAGACCGUCGCUGUACCUCCCGCUGUGGGAUGCCCUAUCCUACUUAAAUGAGCCAGUCAGAUCCCAUCAGCCCGUCAACAUGGAGAACCUUCCCAUAAACAAUGGGAGUGGCCAGUCCUACGGCCUUGUCCUGUAUGAGAAGUCCAUCUGCUCCGGAGGCCGCCUCUGUGCCCACGCUCACGACAUGGCACAGGUGUUUCUGGAUGAGACAAUGAUAGGGAUUCUGAAUGAGAAUAAUAAAGACCUGCACAUUCCUGAACUCAGGGACUGCCGAUACCUGAGGAUCCUGGUGGAGAAUCAAGGACGAGUCAAUUUUUCAUGGCAAAUACAGAAUGAGCAGAAAGGAAUAACUGGAUCUGUCAGCAUCAAUAACUCUUCCCUGGAGGGCUUUACCAUCUAUUCCCUGGAGAUGAAAAUGAGCUUCUUUGAGAGGCUCCGCUCUGCCACCUGGAAGCCUGUCCCAGAGAGCCACCGGGGCCCGGCCUUCUACCGUGGGACCUUGAAGGCUGGCCCUUCUCCCAAGGACACCUUCCUGAGCCUGCUGAACUGGAAUUAUGGAUUCGUGUUCAUCAAUGGACGUAACCUUGGGCGAUAUUGGAAUAUUGGGCCUCAGAAAACACUGUACCUUCCUGGAGUUUGGCUUCAUCCAGAAGACAAUGAGGUCAUCUUGUUUGAGAAGAUGCUGAGUGGCUCAGACAUCAAAUCUACAGACAAGCCCAUGCUGUAAAACCGUGUCUGAACAUAUUUUUUGGGUUGCUGGAGUCCAUCUGUAAGUCAUUUUUGAGGAAUAAGAUUUACGUUAAGACUAUCAAACACAGUGUUGCUUACAAUAGCAAAAAUGUGAACAUAACAAUAACAACAAAACCAGCAGAAGAAUUGUUAUGUAUUUUGGAGUCUAUCUAUCUGAUGCCUACUUUUAGGCUUUAAAAAGUCUUCAAAAUCUUUAACGACUGAUUUAUCUAGUUAAAUGCUUAAUC